AUGUCGCUGCAGAGAGGAGGGAAUAAAGAGAGGAAAGGAAACAAGAUUUUGAGCAAUGACCUUCUGAGAAAUGAAGACAUAAUUUUUGUCACUGAUGUCUUCAGAGCCAAAAUUUUGCAUGGGUUAACACUUAGUGCUAACCUGUGCUUUGUAACUUGGUCAUGCAACUUGCCGCCACAACACCUGACCCAGCAAAGAGACAAUCACACGGGAGAAUCGAGCCCGCAGUCCUUGUACAAGCACACUCAGCAGUGGCACCGAUGCGCAUCUCCACGUUUCUGUUUUCCUCAUUGCCUGAAUGCACCACCACCAUUUCGAUAUGACCACGGGCUUCUCAACAUCGCAACAGUAAACAACUGGAAAACCCGCUGCCUUGGGAAGGGGCAUGGACGAGCACAAAAAUUCUCCUCUUGUCCCACAGCUACUGAGCUGCUGCCAGCAAUCAGAGACAGUGGCUCUCCGACUGCCACAAAAACUUGCAGCCACUUCCCAGUUCCCCGGCCUGGAACAGCUGAGCUCCUGCUAAUACUACCUUUUCUACGUUUUGCUGUGCCUUCUGUGCUCAUUUCCACAGACGUGCUAAAGCGUGAGGAAAACGCGCGGCGGGGCUCCCGGGAAGCCGCGCUCCUCGGAAUUCUAGAAGCUGCUCCUCGCCGCGGGAGUCUCCACAGGACUGCCCGCCUCAGCUUAAGUCGCUACAUAGUCUCUGAGGAUCUGGGUAGAGACUUCCAUAUCAGGAUACUGUUACCAAUGGAUUUGCAACUGAAAAAUGCAAGGAUAGAGUGUAGCUGGCACCUAAAGAAGAUACUGCAUGGAUAUCGGCAUAUUUUAAAGCAGAGGUUGCAUAGCUGUCCAGAUCUUGUCAGUUUUAUGGUGGAGCUGAAAACUAUUUUGGAAAUUGCUUUAAAGAAUACACAAGACCUGCAUAUACCGCGACCGCCAGAAUACUACUCCUGCCUUGUCAGAGAUCUAGAAAUAUUGGGUUGGAAUAAAGUCGCACACGUGGAUACCGCUCUUACCACAAUCAAGCUAAAAGCUGAAGAUUCUUGUGGUCGACAGCAUCUCAUCACUCUGAAGUUAAAUGCAAAGUAUCCAACAGAACCACCGGAUUGCCUUGUGGAUUUUCCUGUUCGGUUUGCUGUUUCUUGGAUGCCACAGAACUCCUUAACGGACAUUUAUAAUCAGUUCCUGGCGGCAUUAGAAUCGCUGAAAGAAUUCUGGGAUGCCAUGGAUGAAAUCGAUGGGAAGACAUGGGUGCUUGAGCCAGAAAAUCCCACACGGAGCGCUACAGCAAGGAGGAUUGCAAUAGGGAACAACGUCUCGGUGAACAUCGAGGUCGAUCCUCGGCAUCCGAAGAUGCUCCCCGAGUGUUAUUUUCUGGGAGCCGAUCACGUGGUUAACCCUCUGAGAAUUAAGCUGAACGACAAUAUGCACUUAUGGGAUCCAGAAAUCAGUUUAUUACAAAACUUGAAAGACCUCUUAGAAAUUGAUUUUCCAUCUCGUGCUGUGUUAGAAAAAAGUGAUUUUGCGAAGGACUGCGGAAUUUGCUAUGCCUAUCGACUCGACGGCGCUGCUCCCGAUCAAGUGUGCGACGAUCCCCGAUGCGGACAACCUUUUCACCAGGCUUGCCUGUAUGAGUGGCUACAAGGUCUUCCUUCGAGCAGGCAGAGCUUUAAUGUCAUCUUUGGUGAAUGUCCGUACUGUAAUAAGCCACUGACCCUGAAAUCUUCAACGAAGAAACUUUAA